UAGCUGCAAAACCAAUAAUCUCUAAUGCUUUCCUUAAUAGGGUUCAGGUUGAUCUAAUUUCUAUGGCUAGUAUUCCAAUGGUGAUUAUUGAUCAUUAUACUCAGUACUCUUGGGCUUGUACAUUGACCAGCAAGCAGCCAAUUGAAGUGGCAAUUUUUCUUUUUGACGUUUUCGUCUGUUUUGGUGCCCCAAUUAUCCUUCAGACUGAUAAUGAUCAUGAGUUUACAGCAAAAUCAAGAGCUUGUAGAACAUGCGAACAAUAUACUUCAACAAAAGUAUCUAAAUGGAUGGAAGAUACGCAAAGGAGGGAUUGGGCUCGUGCUGAUGAUUUACCUGAAAAUUGGUUCGAAUCCUCUGAACCCCAAGACGAUUUUGAUCAACAAGAAAUCGUGGAGUCACUUUUAGGAGCUGUGGUUUUAAAUGAACAACAAUUACUGGAACUCGUUGAUGAAGAAUUGGAGAAUGAGCAAGUAGAUAACGAAAGAGAUGAUAACAAAAGGGUAGAUGAUGAUGAAAGAGUGAAUUACGAUGAAAUGGUGAAUAACAAUGAAAGAGUGAAUGACGAUGAAAUGGUAAAUAAUGAUGAAAGAGUAGAUUACAAUGAAAUGGUGAAUAACGAUAAAAGAGUAGAUGAAAAUGAAAUGGUGGAUGAUGAUGAAAGGGUAGACAAUGAUGAAAAGGUGCACAAUGAUGAAAGUGUGAAUAAUGAAAGAGUUGACAAUAAAAGAGUAGAUGAUGAUGAAAGUGUGGAUAUUGAAAGAGUAAAUUAUAGAAGUGUGUAUAAUGAAAGAGUGAACGAUGAAAGGGUUAACAAUAAAAAGAUGAACAGCGAAAAGGUAGAUGACAAAAGGGUGGAUGAUAAUAACAAUGAGAGAAUAAAUGGUAAAAAGGUAGAUAAUAAAGGUAUGAAUGAUAAAAGGAUAGACGCAGGUGAAAAUGAUGACUAG